AUGGCGCGGGUCUAUGCCGACGUCAACCAGAACAUGCCCCGCAGUUACUGGGACUACGACAGCGUCAACAUCAGCUGGGGCCUCCUUGAGAACUACGAGGUCGUUAGGAAGAUCGGUCGUGGCAAGUACUCGGAGGUUUUUGAGGGCAUCAACAUUGUCAACUACCAGAAGUGUGUUGUCAAGGUCCUCAAGCCCGUCAAGAAGAAGAAGAUCAAGCGAGAGAUCAAGAUCCUCCAGAACCUCGCCGGUGGCCCCAACGUCGUUGCCCUGCUCGAUGUCGUCCGAGAUUCACAGAGUAAGACACCAUCUCUCAUCUUUGAGCAUGUCAACAAUACCGACUUCCGGAGCUUGUACCCCAAGUUCAACGACAUUGAUGUCCGAUUCUACAUUCUCGAGCUGCUCAAGGCCCUUGAUUUCUGCCACAGCAAGGGCAUCAUGCACCGAGACGUGAAGCCUCAUAACGUUAUGAUCGACCAUGAGAACCGAAAGCUGCGUCUCAUCGACUGGGGUCUGGCCGAGUUCUACCACCCCGGCACAGAGUACAAUGUCCGCGUGGCGUCUCGAUAUUUCAAAGGACCUGAGCUGUUGGUUGAUUUCCAAGAGUACGACUACAGCCUUGACAUGUGGAGCCUAGGCGCCAUGUUUGCCUCGAUGAUUUUCCGUAAAGAGCCUUUCUUCCAUGGUAACAGCAAUGCGGAUCAACUGGUCAAGAUCGCCAAGGUCCUGGGAACCGAUGAUCUCUUCGACUACCUUGACAAGUAUGAAAUUGAGCUUGAUGCUCAAUACGAUGACAUCCUCGGGCGUUUCCAGAAGAAGCCAUGGCACAGCUUUGUCAACUCGGAGAACCAGCGCUUCGUCACUAACGAAGCCAUUGACUUCCUUGACAAGCUGCUGCGAUACGACCACCAGGAGCGUUUGACCGCGAAGGAGGCCCAGGCCCACCCCUACUUCGACCCAGUCCGUGACCCCGAGGUUUUCAAGCAGCACCUCGCCAAUGCCAACGGCAGCGCCUCAAAGCCAUGA